GUAGUGUCAGUCGUGACUUUGCAAGUUCUAUUUUUAGUUACCUCAGGAAGUGUGUCUUGUUAUUCACUUUCUCGUUCGAUUAUAUAAGAGAAAAAAUUCGCAAACGUCAUGGGAGAGAGUGCCUUUUGUAUCAGGGAACGUAAUGCUCCUCGCACUUGUCGCGGCGGCGGCGGUGGCGCUGGCGGCGGCGGCGGAGAAGCAGGUGGAGAAGGUCGAGGGAAAAUCGACUAAUCAAAGAAAGUCCCCGUUUGACAUCACGUGGAUGAAUGAGUCCAACAAGAAAGUGCUUGACAACUUCAUCACGUGGUACAAGCUCCAGCUCUCUCAGCUCGUCAAUAUCCUCAACCCCGUUAACUGGAACCUCGACGUGGUGUUCCCAGCCGUGAGUUCCGUCAUCACGUUGUACACGGGUCCCAUCGUCGCCCUGGGGAUCCUGCUCCUCAUCUUCUUCACCAUCCCGACGUUCGUGAGCGGUCUCCUGCUCAACCCCACCGGCAGGAGCUUCGAUGGAGCGAUGUUUUCCCCGACCAUCGACGCGGUGUGGCACGCGGUGCAGAAGGCCCUCGACCACACGGAUUUCCAAGAAUAGGAAGAGAUCUGACCCGCCUUCCCUACAACACUGGCGAUGUCUGGCCUGUUAUGCGACAUAACACGUUCUCUCACCACCGAUCACUGUUGUAGUUUUGAAAGGAUCGAUACUACGUGCCAUGGAGUACUGCUCUUGAUGAUACCUUAUAAUACUCAUUGAAUCUAGUUGAGAUUUUAGGAUUAAUUUGUUGUUUCUUGUUGUGAUUGUUAUUGCUGUAUUUAUAAAAUUUUGAAUAAAAGCAU